AUGAAAGAAGCAUUGGUAGUGUGCGGGGGCAAGAAUUUAGCGGUGGGGGUGACGAUUUGGGACAUGGAAACAGGGGAUCAUCUUCUUCAUAUACCCACAUGUGCUUCACCGUUCCAUGGACUCACUUGUUUGAGGCAUCAGUACUUGGUUGCCUCUCAAAUUCAACCCCGUGGCUCCGUCAGCGGCGGCGUUAUCUUUACCUGGCCUUUCUCCAAGCCUCGUGCACCUUUACGAAGCUAUCCACUUGAAGCCAUUGGGCCGCUUUCCAGCUCAAAAGAUGGCAUAUAUUUAGCCGGUGGAGCCACUUCUGGAAAUGUCUAUGUUUGGGAGGUAAUAAAUGGGAAACUGCUCAAGACUUGGCAUGCACAUAACUCGCCAUUAACUUGUUUGGCAUUUUCUGAUGAUGCUUCUCUUCUGAUAUCUGGUUCUGAAGAUGGAAUGAUAGUUGUCUGGCCAAUGAUAAGAUUACUGGAUGAGACAGACUCAGGAUCCUCUCAUACAUCACUAAGCGUUUCAACUGACCAUGAAUCCUUUAUAACUGGACUCUUACCGUCCUCAAAUGCCUCUCACUCGGUUUUUGUAUCGAGCUCUCUUGAUGGCACAUGCAAGGUAUGGGACCUCGUAAAGGGGACUCUUUUGCAAACUUGCUCUUUUCCGCAACCAAUAACUGCGUCGGUCCUUGACCCUGCAGAGAGAUUUCUGUUCUCUGGAAGUGCAGAUGGAAGGAUAUUCAUGAGCCCGUUUGAUGUUGGAUUGAUGAAGGAACCUGCUAUGCAUUCGAAGGAUAAAAAAGUUGAAUUGAAUGGACACAAGGAAUCCAUUACGGCAUUGACCUUCAGUAGAUCCGGCCUUAUUUCUGCCUCGGAGGAUUUUACUGCCUGCUUGUGGGAUGUUGUCAAAGGUGUGAUCAUUCGAAGAUUUAACCAUCGAAAGGGUUUUAUUACCAAUCUGGUUGUGAUCCCGUACUCCUCGUUGCUUCCCUCGAGGAAUCAUCAACGAAAAUCUACUCAUUUGCCUGUAUCAUUGCUGAAGAAAUGUUCUUGGCAGGAUGAUCCAUCAAAAGGAACUGUUACCCUUCUACCAUCACCUGGAGAACAACAAAUCACCCAUCAAUAUCAAAGUGCUAAUUUGCUCAACCAGCAAAUUCUUGAUUUGGAGUUGUUAACAGCAACCAUGUUAUUGCGAUUUGAGCAGGUGGGAAGGACACCUGAAGCCAUACAGUUGAAAGUCGAAACAAACAUUGAGAGUAGAUUGUUGAUUAGUAACAUGACAAAGCAUGUGAUGGAGAUGAACAAUCACUUACAAUCACGCUUGCUCGAUUUAACUCGGCAUCGAAUUUCACAACAUGAAACUGAGGCAGAAAGAAACAAGCUCUAGACAUCAUAUUACAAAGACCUA